AUGGGCAAACAAUCGCGAUCAACGUGGUAUCCGCCAGCUUUGAGCAUAGCCAAGAUGCAGCGCCGAAAAGCCAAAGGAAAUCAGAAUCCGACUCCCUCAAAUUCAUCAAGGGCAAAUACGCCUUCUCAAGACCCAGACGUUGCUUAUCAGCGAACACGGGACACCCUCAUCGAGGCCGUCAAGCUUGUCAACGCGGGGACCGAGGCUACUUCAUUUCUGGGACCCCUUAAAGCAGUUUGCGAGAUUUCCCUUCUAUUCCUUGAGACAACCAGGACCGUCAAUGAGAAUACCAAAGGGCUCAAAAUACUCAGGGAUAGUCUUGAAGCACAUAUAUCCAUCUUGGAUGAAGGAUAUCUCCAAGCUGUCGAGGAUGGACGUACGGACCAGAUGCCCGAAGCGCUCAAGGAUUUCAACAAUGCAUCGAGAGAUUACAUUGGCGCUCUGAAAGGCAUACUCGCUAAAAUUGACGAGUUGAAGCACGGCAGAGAUCAAGGCGUCAAAGGAUUUCUCAGAAAGUUCACGGAUUCCAAGAUCGACAUCGGAAAUAUUGCAGACUACAAACAGGAAAUCGCACAUGCUACGCGCGUAUUCGAGGAUGCGACCAAGUUCUGUCAAAUUCAGCUGCAAGCAGAAGUGUGGAAAGUAGCCCAACUCGGGCCCGAGAAGCCUCGUCCGAUGGAGAUUCAGCACAAGACAUGUCUACCAGGCACACGCGUCCAGAUUCUGCAGGAAAUUCGGCAAUGGCGUCUGGACCCUAUUGCAGACAAGCGCAUCUUUUGGCUCUGCGAUGUUGGCGGUUCCGGGAAGUCCACAGUCACACUCACGAUGUGCAAGGAAUGGGAUAAUACCAAAGAUGUUCUGGCUGGUCGGUUCUUCUUUUCGAAGAAUGCUCGACAGACAUCGGAGACGGAUGAUUUCUGCUCUGUCUUCGCGGAAGAUAUUGGUGCUCGAAACAAGAUAAUCUUAAAGCAAAUAAAGAUGAUCAAAGAAGAAGAUCCUCACCUUCUCGGGCGAGGACUGUAUCAUCAGUUCGCCAAGCUGAUCGAAGAACCCUUGCAGCUUGCAACCACGGAUAUUGUCCUCGUGAUUGACGCAGUGGAUGAAUGCAAAAAGAAGAUGAGGGGAGAGUUGAUCGAACUACUGGUCGAGAAGCUUUCAUCGAUGCCCAAACUCAAACUCUUUAUAACGAGCCGGCCGGAGCCAGACAUCGUCGCGAUACUCCAGGGUAGAGCGAUUGUACGCGGAAUGCAUUUCAAGAUGCACGGCAAAGAGCAGCAGUCCAACUUGGAUGACAUUAGGGCCUACGUCGACGUCCAUCUUGUCGACCUGCUUACCGAGCCUCAGCGCUCGCAGAUUGUAGAACGCUCGAAUGGACUUUUCAUCUGGAUCACGACAGCACAUCUUGAGCUACAACAGGCUCAAGGUCCGGCCGCUGUUGGCACGACUCUCAAAUCCCUCUUGACGCGAGGGCGAGGGCGGAUGGAUCAGAUCCGUGAUCCGUUCAGUGUAUUUCGGGUGGAGAGGGUAGUAGAGUUUCUACAUCCGACCUUUCGGGAAUACCUUCUCAGUCCAUACAACGUGGAUAUGCCAUUCGACUCGACAUCAAUACAAUCAGAUUUGGCCAUAUCUGUCCUCACAGUGCUUCAGAAGGAUCUAAAGGAGGAUAUCUGCGGCAUUUCCGUGCCAAAUGAACCUUAUCCAAGGAAUGCGGACGUCAUGGAUCUGGAUAAACGUCUGGAACGAUUAUGGACAAGUUUCCCGGCAUUACGUUAUGCGGCAAAGUACUGGGGCUAUCAUGCAUCCACCGUCGUAAUGGAGGAACAUGUGGUCCGGCCGCUGCGAAUGUUUUUAGAAAGUCAAAUUUUGUACCUCGUGGAGCUGUUAAGCUUGAUGGGUCACAUACAUCUUAUUCGAAAUUUCGAAGAGAUACGGCAAAGUUGUGCACACCAAAGAUUCAGUGAUGAACUUGAGGUAUGCCAUGAUACAGUUAGACUUGUCCAGAGGCAUCAAGAAACAUUAGAGAAGAGUGCACUGGAUAUCUAUUCAUCAGGGCUACUAUUCCUCCCUCGAAAGUCGCAACUGUGGACAAUGUACAAGAGCAAGUUUUCAGAUAGACUACCAAAGAUCAUUGGAGAACCAUCAGCGCACUGGCCUUCACACCAAAUUUUGACUGGACAUACCCGCACUGUCCAGUGUCUGGCCUUCUCGCCAGAUGGGCGCCGUCUUGCGUCUGGAUCUCGGGAUCGCACUGUACGCCUGUGGGAUGGGACCACCGGUGCAAGCCUUGGGACGCUCGAGGGACAUACCGGUUCUGUCCAGUGCCUGGCCUUCUCGCCAGAUGGGCGCCGUCUUGCAUCUGGAUCUGGGGAUCACACUGUAUGCCUGUGGGAUGGGACCACCGGUGCAAGCCUUGGGACGCUUGAGGAACAUACCAAUUGGGUCGAAUGUCUGGCCUUCUCACCAGAUGGGCACCGUCUUGCAUCUGGAUCUGGGGACCGCACUGUACGCCUGUGGGAUGGGACCACUGGUGCAAGCCUUGAGACGCUUGCGGGACAUACCGGGCCUGUCCGAUGUCUGGCCUUCUCACCAGAUGGGCACCGUCUUGCAUCUGGAUCUGGGGAUCGCACUGUACACUGUGGGAUAUCACCACCCCACCCAGUUUGGAACCUCCUUAUGAGCUCAAUCAUGUUCCCAGGCAUUUAUAUUUCUCCCAAGGUGGACAUUUCUUACAUGUGGACAAUGGAACAGUACUCAAUGUCUCCCACAAUCGCCUUCAGUCACUCUCAUCUCCAUGUCCGAGUGUCAUGCCAAGCCAUGAGCAUUCCACAGUAG